GUUUUGGCCAUCUCAGAGAGAGAAAGAGAGAGAGAGAGGAGAGAGAAAAUUAAGGGUAGCGUCCAAAACAGCGUUUGUUCUCUGAGAAACAAAGAGAAAACAUGGGAUAGUGGAUUAAGAAAAAGAAUGUUUCGUGAUCGAUGCAAAUUCUGAUUCUUGUGAGAUUUGUUGUUCGAAUUCUCCGACAAUUCUCCGAUCUUACAUUCGCCUGUAAUUUUUUUACAAAAUUUCACCGGAAUUUUGUUUCCUCGAGGGGACAAAUCAACUCUCAACGCAAAAUUCUUGUAAAUCCGACGACAAAUCGUUCUACAGAGGGUCUGUAAUCUUGGGUCACUGAGCAUGGGAGAUUGGCAGGUCUGAUGCAGGCUCUUUAGAUCUUUAAAAAUAUCCAAAAAUGCUUGUAUUCUGCGUUUGAGAGUUCUGCUUGGUAUGAUCUCCGAGAUAUGGUGCUACAGAAGAGGUUAGACUACGGAUUCAAUGGCUAUCAGAUGCCUCCCACACCCCGAGCUGCCAGAUCGGCUAGGAGGAGGUGCUCAUUCAGGAAGAAAGUUGAUGACAAUCCAAUGUGUGCAUUUGACUUAUUGGCUACUGUAGCUGGCAAUUUAUUACUGGAAGGAGAAAGUUCUCCUAGUUCUAGUAAUACAUUACCUGCAAAAAAACAGUGUGCAGCUGCGAAAGAUUUUGUAAAGAAAGAACAACAGAAAGUGGUUAACCCUUUGAAAGUAGAACCUUGUGAUCAAGGAAGCUUUGACAGGAGUUCUAUUGCGUCAGAACUUGUCCCACAGGAUCCCGUUCUUAAUCAUAGUUUCACAGAAUCUCCAAAUGCUCAGCGUGAUGCUUUUUCGGGACUUGCAUCUGUAGUAACAACUUCAGAUUGUCCAGAGAAGGCCGUUUCUGCUGAAAAAUUAGUCAAUGGGAAAAGCAAGGUCGAACUUGGAACCUUUGCUACCAAAGUUAAGGUAGGUUCCACUGGCCACCGGGAGGCCUACAAUUGUACAGUUGAGGAUGAUAACAAAAAACAAAUGAAAAUUGAGCCACCUAACACUGGUAAUGUGUCGGUUAGUAAUAGUACCAGACCUGAUAUGUGCAUGUCAGAGGGUAAGGUCAUUUGGAACAGGAAACCUUCCAAUGUAAUUUGUUUAGACAAUAGUGUGAAGUUACCUUUGUGCAGGGAUGACAUUCUUUGUGGUUCUUUCCCCGUGUGCCGGGAUGAUGUAAAUUUAGUUAUUAGAGAUGAUGACGAAAACUCUUCUGGGUGCACUCAACCUAGCACCACAGCAAAGGCCUUUAGGCCACCAUUACGAAUUGGAGACCGAAAAAUAAGGAAGUUAUUGGCUUCAAAAUAUUGGAAAGUAACUCCAAAAUUGAAGGAUGAGCGACAAUUAUAUACUGGUGCAGAAAGAAAGCCUGCUUACCGUAAUAGGAAAAAUUGUUACAAACGCCAAAGGUCUCAAAGGGAUUAUCCUUUCAAAAAGAGGAAACUUUUUGACUGUAGUUCAGUAUCAAAUUCUGAUGGAGGGAUUAGUAGUGAGGGAAUAUCUAGUUUACCUGGGAAGGGCUUCAGUGGAGAUGCUUCUGAUUCAGGUGCAGCGAUGAAUGGAGCCACUGGGACGCCAGCUUCUGCAGCAAGUCAACAUACAUCCUUUCAGUCCAAGGAUUCCCAUGUGAAGCUUAGGAUCAAGUCUUUCAAGGUUCCAGAGCUUUUCAUUGAGAUUCCAGAAACUGCAACUGUGGGUUCUCUGAAGAGGACAGUUAUGGAGGCAGUGACUGCUAUUCUUGGCGGUGGACUACGUAUUGGCGUGCUUCUUCAGGGGAAGAAGAUUAGAGAUGAUAACAAAACUCUACAGCAGACUGGAAUAUCUCAUGAUAACAAGCUGGAUGCUCUGGGUUUUACGCUGGAACCUAAUCCUUCUCAAACUCCUACACCUCUAUGUCCCAAUGAUCUCUCCUUUCUCCCCCCUUGUGACGCCCCUCAGCCACUGACAAGCAGGUACCCACCCGCCCCCAAUGUAGUUCGUAGUGUAGUUAAAGAGGGAAAUUAUGAUGCCCCAUUGGAUCCUCCAGUAGCAAAUUUUGGAAACUUUAUUGAAAGCGAUCAUGAUUCAGCACCUUCUCCUCCUGCCAUGUCAAUUGAUAAAAGCACUACAGAUUCCCGAGCAUUGGUUGCCGUUCCAGCGAUGAAUGUGGAGGCACUAACUGUGGUUCCUAUGCGGAAAUCUAAGCGAUCUGAGGUUGCCCAGCGUCGAAUUCGUAGACCCUUCUCUGUUUCCGAAGUGGAGGCAUUGGUUCAAGCUGUUGAGAAGCUUGGAACUGGAAGAUGGCGUGACGUGAAACUGCGAGCUUUUGAUAAUGCAAAGCAUCGAACUUAUGUGGAUUUGAAGGACAAGUGGAAAACACUGGUGCACACGGCAAGAAUAUCCCCUCAGCAAAGGAGGGGUGAACCCGUACCCCAGGAGCUAUUGGACAGGGUCCUAGCCGCCCAUGCUUACUGGUCCCAGAACCAAGCCAAGCAACAGCUUAAACAGCAGCAGUAUGAGACCUGUCUUCUUGUCUGAAAGCUCAAUUAGAGAGCUGGUAGCAUACUGGAAGAAGCCAUGACGGACAACGGUCUAUAGUUUAUUACUGUUAUGAUUUACUAUGUAAAAAGGUAUGAUGACAAGGAAGGGGGUGACAAGAAAAGGUAGUUUAUGUAAUAUGUUUAGCUCUCGCCGUGAUUCUUUCCUGCAUUGGAGAGGUUAGCCCUUGUAAAUGGUUGACACAAUAAAAAGCUCGCUAACAGGAUUCUUUGAUGCCAAGAAAUCGGCACUCUCUUUCACACUCGAUGUUUGGGUCUUCCGUUCUUUUGGUUUGUUGAAGAAGUGAAAGCUAAUCUGAGAAUUGAAGUUCAUUUGUUGUAAUGUUUAGUCGAUAGGUGAUUGUUGUUAUCUUUUAACCCUUACUAAUUAGGGGUAAUUCUUUGAUGCAAUGGUUGAAGUUUGGAUUUACAAACAUUGUAUUUUGGGCAAAAUAAUAUUGAAGUUUAGGUUUGUAUUUAGUUUA